AAAAUGUCUGGUUUAUUUUAUGGUGUAGUACUUGGUAUUAUAGUGGCUGUGCUGUCAGCGCCAAGAGAACGAAGACAAGCUCAGGAUCCACGAUGUGCAGGACCAACUGGAAAUUUUGGAAUUAACUGUACUUCAUUUGUCAGUUGUUUUGAGGGUUAUGUUUUUGGUACUUUUACUUGUGGCAGUGAAAAUGGACAGUUGAAAUUUAAUCCCAACACGGGUGCAUGUGACUGGGCUACCGCAGUGAAUUGUGAAGUUCAACCAAAGUUUGAAGGAGACCAGGCUUGUACACAGAUUCCACCAGGAUUUGAAGAGUUUGCUUACUUUGUCUCUCAUCCUCAGUUCUGCAACAUGUAUUUCGUCUGUGAUCAUGGUAACUAUAGAGGUACAAGAAACUGUAACCAAGGUCAAAUAUUCAGCGAGAUUAACGGCACUUGUAUCGUAGGUGGACAAGAUAUGUGUAACAAACCACUCCUCCCUUAUGAAAAUUUGCAUUAAGGUCCAUGCCUUUAAUUUUGUCCCUCUAAUAUCUCACGCAUCAUGCAUUAGACUUGUUGUUUUGUCCGCUGUUAUUUGUUUUCUUUUUUGUUUAUAUUAACGUGUUUUGUCAUAAUUUAGUGUUCGCAUGGGGCUCAGUUCAUUACUUUUAUAUUUAUACAACUAACUUUUUUCUUUUCUAAUAUGCAUAGAUUCAGUUUCAUUUGACAUUCUACCCUAUAAUUUCCCCCUAAUGUGUUGAAAUAACCAAAAUUACAAAUUUGAAACAUUGUAAUCCAUCCCACUUUUGAAGAUUCUGGUCUUGAAGUAAUAGGUUUCUGUUCGCAGUGUUGAAUAAUAUAGUAAUACAAGCAUUUAUAGGUGGUCAUGAGCAGUUAGACAUGAAAAAUAAUUGGAUGUUCAAACAACAUUUGGUCUAAUGGAAGGAUGCUAUUUUAUAUAAAAAUUUACAAAUUCUUUAACUGUUUAUGACCAUGCUAAACAACUGAUUUCAUUCAUUUUAGAUUUAUCUGUGUAAUGGCUUGUUUUAUUAUUUAUAGCUUUUUAAAAAAUAUUUACUCAAAA